AUGGCCAUAAUAAAUCUCGUUUUAGGUGGCUUGCUCGGCCUCGCCGCCGCUCAAUUCCCACCGAAGCCGGAAGGCGUUAUCACGGUAAAGUCCAAACUUCACGAGAACGUCACCAUCUCUUUCAAAGAGCCUGGCAUUUGCGAAACCACACCAGGUGUCAAAUCUUACUCCGGUUAUGUCCAUCUUCCGCCAGGAUUCUUGAAUGAUGAGGACGACGACGGGCAAGACUACCCCAUUAACACUUUUUUUUGGUUCUUCGAAGCUAGAAAAGACCCUCACAAUGCGCCUUUGGCAAUUUGGCUCAAUGGCGGCCCAGGUGGCUCGUCCAUUAUGGGCUUAUUAGACGAAAAUGGCCCUUGCUUCGUGGAAGAAGACUCAAAAUCGACGCGAUUGAACCCUUGGAGCUGGAAUAAUGAAGUCAACAUGCUGUAUCUGGAUCAACCAACUCAAGUUGGAUUCUCUUACGAUGUUCCCACCAACUGCACCGUCAAGUUGACUGGUGAGGAGGUUGGCUUCAAGAUGACCCCGACGAAUUUCGACGAAACACCACUGCAUCUCAACAUGACCUCAAGAGCUGGCACAUUCGGAAGCCAGAAAUUAGAUCAAACGUCCAACACCACUGCACAAGCGGCGCACGUCUUGUGGCACUUUGCUCAGACGUGGUUUUCCGAGUUCCCCCACUACAAGCCGACCGAUGACAAGAUCAGUGUCUGGGCCGAGAGCUACGGAGGCCACUAUGGUCCAGGAUUUGUCCAGUUCUUUCAACAACAGAACGCAAAGAUUAACGAUGGGACCAUCGACGAUGAGCACGCGCAUUACUUGCACAUCGAUACCCUCGGCCUUGUCAAUGGCUGGUUGGACAUGGUCGUCCAAGGAGAGGCCUACAUCCGAUUCCCGUACAACAACACAUAUGGAAUCCAAGUCUUCAAUCAAUCCAUCUACGAAGAGCUGAUGCACGUCUGGAAUCGUCCAGACGGCUGCAAGGAUCAAACUCGGAGAUGCCAGACCAAGCUGAAGAGACUUGACCCUGCAUUCAUCCGGAAAAACUUCAACAAGAUGGCGGAUGUGUGCGAAAUUUCAGAAUGGUGUGGCGCUGCUCCUAUCAACAUUUACAACAGCCUGUCGAGAGCCUGGCUGGACAUUGGCCACCCAUCGAAAGAUCCGUUUCCUCCGUCACACCACCAUGGCUGGCUUACCCAAGAAAGUGUGCUGGGUGCGCUUGGAGUGCCCGUCAAUUAUACGUGGCUUUCUAUGGCUGUUGCAGAGAGUUUUGACAUGACACAUGAUCUGAUCCUCGGAGGCUUCCUAGAAGCCACUGGAUACCUGCUUGACAACGGCAUCAAAGUCCAUAUGAUGUACGGCGAUCGUGAUUAUGCCUGCAACUGGAUCGGAGGCGAGGCAGCAAGCCUCGCCAUCCCUUACGCGCGAGCAGCCGACUUCGCUAAUGCCGGAUACGCACCUUUCAUGACGGAAGAUGGUGAAGGCGGCAUGACACGUCAGUUUGGGAACUUGAGCUUCACGCGCGUGUACCAAGCCGGCCAUGAGGUUCCGUCAUACCAACCAGCUGCCGCCUACGACAUCUUCAUGCGCGCUACGUUCAAUCGUGACAUUGCCACUGGACUGGUACCUGUCACCGACGAGCUCUUUACGACAGGACCCAAGGAUACAUGGCAUGUCAAAAAUACCCCACCAGUUCUCCCCAAGCCCAGGUGCUAUAUUUUGAGGCCUGACAUGUGCUUGCCGGAAGUGUGGGCCAAGGUAGAAUCUGGAGAGGCUGUGAUAAAGGACUUCUAUGUCGUCGAUGAUGAUGACACACCGGAUGCUCCUCCGGCGGGAGAAUCCCAGAUUGUUUUUGGUGAACUGUAA